CAACAUCGUUUUGCUCAAAACAUCAUUGCAUUACCGACUGCCAGACCAUUUACAAGUACUCGUACAGAGGAUAUCUAAUCGGUGUUUCUCUUCAUUUCGGCCUAUUGUUUGUACGAUUUUGAAUCGAAACGAGUUAAUCAUGUCUUUCAAAGUGGAAGUGGUUCCAAGUCCAAAAAGCGAAUUAGGAGAAGGCCCACAUUGGGAUGAACAAUCACAAUCGUUGUACUAUACCGAUAUUUAUGGUACAGAAGCAUCAAUUUUGCGCUACGAUUACAAACAAGAUAAAGUGUACUCGGCCAAAAUUGAUGGUGAACCGGUGGUGAGUUUUAUAUUGCCGGUUGCAAAUCAAACUGAUCAAUUUGCUCUUGGCAUUGGUACGCGCGUGGGAGUUGUACAAUGGGAUGGAAAAUCUGAAAAGGCCAAACUUGGACCAAUCGCAUUUGAAGUCAAUGAAGACGUGAAGACUAAUCGAUUUAACGACGCAAAAGCAGAUCCGGUGGGAAGAUUCUACGGCGGAAGUAUGCGUUUUGAGGCAUUAGGCGAUUUGUUUGACAGAGCGGGUGGCACUUUCUACAGAUACAUCAAAGGUGAAGGUGUCAAAGAUUUGCUGCACAAUGUCCAUUGUUCGAAUGGAUUGGCGUGGAAUGAAAAGAAAAAUAAAUUCUAUUUCAUCGAUUCAAUCAAACUUGAUGUCAAAGAAUUUGACUACGAUCCGAAAAAUGGAAAUAUUUCCAAUGAACGUGUUGCAAUUGAUUUCCGAGUAAACGGUCAACCACCCGAUUUCAUUCCUGACGGCAUGACCAUAGAUGCAGAAGGGAACUUAUAUGUGGCCACAUGGGGUGGAUCUCGAGUCAUUAAAGUAGAUCCACAACAAGGAAAAAUCGUACAGGAAAUUCCGAUUCCUGCGAAGCAAGUAACAUCAGUUGCUUUCGGAGGACCAAAUAUGGAUGUCUUGUUUGUCACAACUGCUGCCACAACACGUGACGGAGAGCAACCACCUUUAGCAGGUCAUCUUUUCAAAGUCACAGGUUUGAAUGUUAAGGGAUUGCCGGGAGUCAAAGUGCGUGUUUAAUAUGAAACAAACAAUUGUGAAAGAGUACAAUGGAAAAAUAAAUAAGCCAAUUCGAAGGCAUAUCUUAUUAUUGACUGAUAAGCACAAAUUGUCUACAAUAAAAUAAAUACGUAAUUGAGA